AUGUCAACAGCCGAGCUAGCACCAUCUGGUGACUUGCCUACAGCCGAUCUAGCACCUUCUGGUGACCCGCUUAUAGCCGAGCUAGCACCUUCUGCUGACCCGCUUAAAGCCGAUCUAGCACCUUCUGGUGACCCUCUUAUAGCCGAGCUAGCACCUUCUGGUGACCCGCUUAUAAUCGAGCUGGCACCUUCUGGUGACCCUCUUAUAGCCGAGCUUACACCUUCUGGUGACCCUCUUAUAGCCGAGCUAGCACAUUCUGGUGACCCGCUUAUAGCCGAGCUAGCACCUUCUGGUGAUCCGCUUAUAGCCGAGCUAGCACCUUCUGAUGACCCUCUUAUAGCCGAGCUAGCACAUUCUGGUGACCCUCUUAUAGCCGAGCAUGCACCUUCUGGUGACCCGCUUAUAGCCGAGCUAGCACCUUAUGGUGAUCCGCUUAUAGCCGAGAGAGCACCUUCUGGUGACCCGCUUAUAGCCGAACUAACACCUUCUGGUGAUCCGCUUACAGCCGAGCUAGCACCUUCUGGUGACCCGAUUAUAAUCGAGCUAGCACCUUCUGGUGAUCCGACAGCCAAGCUAGCAACUUCUGGUGACCCGCUUACAGCCGAGCUAGCACCUUCUGGUGACCCACUUACAUCCAAGCUAGCACCUUCUGGUGAACCGCUUAUAAUCGAGCUAGCACCUUCUGGUGACCCUCUUAUAGCCGAGCUAGCACCUUCUGGUGACCCUCUUAUAGCCGAGCUAGCACCUUCUGGUGACCCUCUUAUAGCCAAACUAGCACCUUUUGGUGACCCGCUUACAGCCGAGCUAGCACCUUCUGGUGACCCUCUUAUAGCUGAGCUAUCACCUUCUGCCGAGCUAGCAUCUUCUGAAGACCCUCUUACAAGCGAGCUAGCACCUUCUGGUGACCCGCUUACAUCCGAGCUAGCAACUUCGUGUGACCCGUUUACAGGCGCGCUAGCACCUUCUGGUGACCCGCUUACAUCCGAGCUAGCACCUUCUGGUGACCCGCUUACAGCCAAGCUAGCACCUUCUUGUGACCCAUUUACAGGCGAGCUAGCAAAUUCUGGUGACCCGCUUACAUCCGAGCUAGCACCUUCUGGUGACCCUCCUAUAGCCGAGCUAGCACCUUCUGGUGACCCUCUUAUAGCCGAGCUAGCACCUUCUGGUGACCCUCUUAUAGCCGAGCUAGCACCUUCUGGUUACGCAAUCGAGCUAGCACCUUCUGGUGACCCUCUUAUAGCUGAGCUAGCACCUUCUGGUGAUCCUCUUAUAAUCGAGCUGGCACCUUCUGGUGACCCUCUUAUAGCCGAGCUAGCACCUUCUGGUGACCCUCUUACAGCCGAGCUAGCACCUUCUGGUGACCCUCUUAUAAUCGAGCUAGCAUCUUUUGGUGACCCGCUUAACAUCCGAGCUAGCACCUUCUGGUGA